AUGACCCUGGAUUUCAGUAAAAGGGGGAAAGUCAAAGUCCGAAUGGAUGACUGUGUUAAUCGAAUGUUGAAUGAAUUUCCUGUGAAGUUCAAGGAAGAUGAAGGGUGUAAGACACCGGCAAGUAAUGAUUUGUUAUUAGUUCUUACACGCGCACGUGAAUUCCCAACAAAACCAUUUCAGAACCGUCCAUAUUUGGUCCCCAAGAGUCAUGAAGCUGUCUUCAAGAAAACUAUUGAUGAAAUGGUCCAAUGGGGAAUUUUGGAAAAAUGCGGUCCAAUGGACUACUUAUCUCCCACCUUUAUUGUUCCAAAAAAGGAUGGUAGAGUUAGAUUUGUUUCCGACUUUUGGCAACUAAAUGAGAUGAUUAAACGCAAGGUUUGGCUACUGCCAAGAAUACAAGAUAUUCUAAAGAAAAGAAAUGGCUACAACUAUUUCUCAAAGCUUGACCUUUCACUGUUUUUCUACACCUUUGAAAUGGACAAAGCGUACAAGGACCUUUGUGGCAUUGUCACACCCUUUGGCAACUAUCGUUACACGCGUCUUCCUAUGGGCAUCAAACAAUCUCCUGACAUUGCUCAAGCACACAUUGAAUAG